AUGACGCACAAUGGAUACCUCCUCAAACAAGAGGCAUCGAUUAUAAAUGAAGUUGCAUUGGAGAAGGAAGUGGACGAGAUACAAGAAUUGUACAAACGGUCUUCCAAUCCCAAAGAUUUAUAUGAAUUAAUCGACAAGAUUGACAAUGUGGUAUCUCACAUCGAUAAUGACCUUGAUAAUUAUACAACCAUUAAACAAAAGAAGCUUCAACAAGAUAUAACGAAUAUAGAAUUGAUUAGAGCAACCAGGCUAUCCAGUACAAUUACUCAUUCGAAUGAACUUUCCCAAUUAUUCCAGGUAGCUAAUGAUUUAGGUCAUUCUUUGACUUAUAAGAUUAAGUCAUUAGAUGAAGAAAUUGGGAAUGUUGAUAAGACUUUAGAUUUUGUUAAGAAUAUUCAAUUACUUAAGAAUAAUAUAAAUCAGGCUCAUUAUGCUAUAGAACAUAAUAAUUGGGAGUUAGCUGCUCAAUGUAUUCAUAAAAUCACAUCUAAUUUACCCAGGGAAUUAAUUGAUGGGAAGUUUGCCUCGGUGGUUAUACCUUCCACUGACAUACCUGAACUUCCUCACGUAGCUAUUGAAAAAUGGAUUAAGAAAUUAACAAACGUAUUCAAAGAUAAGUUUAAUGAAGCUGCGCAAGCAAGAAAUGUAGAGCACUUGACGAAAUAUUUCCAAUUGUUUCCAAUGAUAGGUCAAGAAGAAAUCGGUUUGAAUUGUUAUUCGAAAUUCAUUUGUGAGAUUAUAAACGAAACCCUGAAGAGUUUAAUUUCAAGAACGAACGAUGUUAACCCUGAUGAUUUGAUUCCUGGGGUGUUUGCUACUAUCACCAUGCAGUUGUUCGAAAGCAUAUCAAUGAUGUUAUCCCAACAUGGUCCUUUGAUUAAACGAUACUAUAGUUCAACAUAUCCAGGAGCCCUUUCUUAUGUUAUUACCAAAAUACAGCGAGAAAUAGAUAUGCAGAUUGGGAUCAUUUCUGAUACUUUCUAUGAUAUGAGAAGACUUGAUAAAUACUUUCAAGAUAUUAGUUUGUACAAUUUCCCCAUCUUGGCAGCAAGACAAAAUCAAUUAAGAGAACAAUCCAAUGAAUCACGAAAACUGGGAGAAUAUUUCGAUACAAGUAUGGAGAUAAAUGAUAAUGAUUUAGUUCCAAUUAGACAUAUUGGUGAUAUGCUACUGGAAUUAGCCAGUAUUUUCCAUCAUUGGUCAAUGUAUUGUAAAUUUAUUACCAUCAAAUAUUUCAAUACUCAACAAGAAGGGUCUGAAUUGUUAUCUCUACCGGAUUUAAUAUCAAAAUCUAACUUUACAAAGAAAAUAAAUGAAAAGUUACUUCCAUCCCUUGAAACACUUCAUAAGUUCUACUUCCGUAGAUCUUUAGAAAAAGCAAUAACAAUUGAAGAAAUGCCCUCGUUAGAUUCAUAUCUCGUCUACCAUCCUUCUCCAGAAAGAUUAGUCUUUCCUGAACAAGUCCCUUGUUCAUCCGUAAUUGAAGAUUUAACAUUAAUCCUAAACACAACCCUUAGAAAUAUCAUCGAUUCAGGAAUACCUUCAUCUGUCAAAACAUUCAUCAAUGAAAGCUUUUUAGUUAUUCAAUCAGAUUUAAUCAACGGAUUCUUUAUUAAGAACUUAAACGACAAUCAACCACGUUAUAACCAAACAUUAUCAUUACUUGCUGCUGGUGAAGGUUCACAUGCCGCUUCUGGAGGUCCUCCUUCUCCUGGUGUAUCUCGUAGCCUGACACCAGAUCCAGGUGCUGUCGGUAUGGGAUUCCUCAAGGGUGCGGCAACUAGUGCAUUGGGAAGUGUGGUGAGUGGAUCUGGUGCGAUUGUGGGAAGUCUUCAAACAGCACCUAAUAAUCCCAAAUUACUUAAUUUUAUAAUCUAUUUGAAUACAGUUGCGAUGGCUCAAGAAUAUUUUGGGAAAGUAUUUGAUAAGAUCUUAAAAUCAGAUCAAUAUUAUUUGAAGAAUAGUUUCCCAUUUGGGAAAGAUAAAGAUAAGAUUGAAACUAUUUUAAAGAAUGAUUUCUUGGAUCCAUUUAUGAGUAUUACAAAUAAAAUCAUUGCCGAAAGUUUGGUUAAUCUUUAUAAUCAAUCCAUUAAGAGUAAAUUAAUUGCUCUUGUGAAUGAAUUCUUACCUGAAUCCAAUGAAAAUUAUAUUAUAUAUUCCUCGGCUUCUUUGAAUGAUCCAAGCACAUUACUUAAAUUUACUGCCAAUUGGCAAGCUUUGAUUAAACCAUAUGUUCAAACUUGUCAUAAGUCAUUAAUUUUUGAUAAAUUGUUGAGACUUAUAGUUAUUAAUUUAUCCAAUUUAAUAGAGAAGAAAUUAAUGGUUUCAUUAAAGAAAUUCAAGAUUAAUGAAUUGGGUUCGAUUAAAUUAGAGAAAGAUUUAUCAUAUUUGAUUAAUCAAGUAUGUGCUGAUAAUUAUCCAUUAAGAGAAAAGUUUGUUAGAAUAACUCAGAUUGUUUUACUUGUGGGGAUGGAUGAUGAAGAAUAUGAUGAAAGCUAUCAGCAUGUGGCCAUCUCCAAAAAGAUAAAUGGUGGUGAUGAAGAAGAUGAAAUGGAUUUGGAAGAGAAUUUGGGGAUAAAUUGGGUUCUUACACCUCAAGAAAGGAAUCAAAUUCGAAAAUAUAGAGUUUAG